UCUUGUGGUCUCCUCCUCCCUCCUGUUUUGCAGCUGCACUCCUCUCUUAACUUCUCUUUCGCUUGAUUACUCCUUUCUUUGCAGCAACAAUGGCCACAGCUGGUAAGGUCAUCAAGUGCAAGGCAGCAGUGGCGUGGGAGCCCAACAAGCCUCUGGUGAUGGAGGAGAUUGAGGUAGCCCCGCCCCAGGCCAACGAGGUCCGCAUCAAGAUUGUUGCAACUGGGGUGUGCCACACGGACCUGUAUCAUCUGUUUGAGGGUAUGCAUAAAGACGGCUUCCCAGCAGUCCUUGGCCAUGAGGGAGCCGGCAUCGUAGAGAGUGUCGGGCCUGGAGUCAUUGAAUUUCAACCAGGAGACAAGGUGAUUCCUCUAUUCAUCUCUCAGUGUAAGGAAUGUCGCUUCUGUAAAAGUCCCAAAACCAACCAGUGUGAGAAAGGAUGGGCUGCUGAUCGAUAUGAUGUGAUGGCAUCAACAGAAUCCAGGUUUACCUGUAAGGGGAAGAAGAUUCUGCAGUUUAUGGGAACCAGUACCUUCUCUGAGUACACUGUGGUUAACCAGAUGGCUGUGGCGAAGAUCGACCCUGCUGCCCCUCUGGACAAAGUCUGUCUCCUUGGAUGUGGGGUCUGCACAGGAUAUGGAGCCGCCGUUAAUACUGCUAAGGUGGAACCGGGCUCCACAUGUGCUGUGUUUGGCCUUGGAGCUGUGGGUUUGGCUGCAGUCAUGGGCUGCAAGGCUGCAGGAGCCAAGAAGAUUAUCGCUGUUGACAUCAAUCCAGAGAAGUUUGAGAAGGCCAAGGUGUUUGGAGCGACGGACUUUGUGAACCCUAAGGAUCACAGUAAACCCAUCAGCCAAGUGCUGUCUGCGAUGACUAACGGAGGAGUGGACUUUUCUCUGGAAUGUGUCGGGAAUGUGGGAGUCAUGCGCAGUGCCUUGGAGUCCUGUGUGAAAGGUUGGGGUGUCAGUGUGCUGGUUGGCUGGACGGACCUGUACGACGUUGCUGCCCGACCCAUUCAGCUCAUCGCUGGACGCACAUGGAAGGGCUCCCUGUUUGGAGGAUUUAAAGGUAAAGAUGGUGUGCCUCAGAUGGUUAAAGCCUACCUGGACAAGAAGGUGAAGUUGGAUGAGUUCGUCACUCACAACAUGACUUUGGCCCAGGUCAAUGAUGCCAUUGAACUGAUGAAGCAUGGCAAAUGCAUCCGGACAGUCCUGAGCGUUUCUCCACAAUAACAACAUUGUGUUGCUUUCAAUGACACAAAAAUCAUUUAAUAAAGAGAUAUAUCAAAUUACAAACACUAAACAUGCCUGACCGUGAAAACGCAACACUAUACAAUGGAUUACGUGCAGUUUGUGAGAAUCCUGAGCAAUGUUUACUUAACCUGGCAGGCAGUGUUGGAAUUAUAACUGUAUUAAAGUCCAACUGUAAUCAAAUUGUAUUUUUUGUCUGCUACAGCUAUUUGUCCUGUGUUCUCCUUUGAGAAAAAAAUGGAGAAAUUUAUGUUUGGCAGAGUCAGGCUAGCUGUCUUUAUGUUAAGCAGCAGCUACAUAUUUGCUGUACAGACAGGAAUGGUUUUGAUCUUCUCAUCUAACUCAGCAAGAAAGUGGACUAGUGUAUUUCCCAGUAUGUUGAACUAAAGCCUGUUUUCCAAUUUUCCUUUUAAGAAGUUAAUAAAUCUUGAUCUAAUUAAAGCAUGGUGGUAAAAAAAAUAAAUGAAAUAAAAAAAAAAAAAGGGUAAAUAAAGAUUACAUUCAGUUGUGGUGGUUGGUGCUGGUUUAUUCCACACAGGCUCCAGAACUGUGGCCUAGAUUUGGGUAUCUGGGAACUGAUAACAAGUCUCUGCACAUCUGAAUGUCACCCAUGUCGAUAUCAGUAGAUCAUUAAAACUAUUAAAAAAUA